CCUCGAGUUCCUCCACUUCAAACGCCCCGAGAAAGAUUCUGUUCCCUGCUGCUCAACUUGGCGUCAUGCCUCCUCCUCAGCAUAUCAUUCCCCUUGUGCUCCCUGCCAUUUCACCACGCAGAUCCUCAUCCUGAAGGUGCCAGCUCUCUCAUCCUUCUUCCGCUUCUUCUUCUGCAAAAUGUGGUUUUCAAUGCUCAACCAACGAACAACAUCUCCUCCCCACGCCCUCGCUGUCAUGCCGCUCCGCACUCCCGCUCCCUUGCUCCUGCCCUAAUAACGAAUGGAAUGACCUGCCCUGACAUGCGACCUUGAGUACCCGCCAGAACAGAGUCCUCAAGAAAGAAGGCGACAGUCUCGAUUUGGGCCUCUAUCCCCUUAUCAUCACCGGACUCCAAAGCCAUGGGUCUGGCAGCAGAAUGGGCCUGGAAUUUCUGGGAGUUUUGCAAGAGAAAUAUCAUCCCCGAUGUCUUCAUCAAGAGGAGGUUGAACUUUAUCACCAUACACUAUUUGUAUAUGAUGGGAAUGACUAUCCUGGGCUCGGUCAUCAUCUUCGGCAUUGGUGACAUCCCAUACAUCGACUCCUUGUUCUUUGCCUCCGGAGCUUGCACCCAGAGCGGCUUGAACACCAUCGAUGUGGACAACAUCAAAACCGGCCAACAAUUCAUGCUCUUCUUCCUGGCAAUGCUCUGCAAUCCCAUCGUCGUCAACUCGGCCGUCGUCUUUGUCCGCCUGUAUUGGUUCGAAAAGCGUUUCGAGGCCGUCGUCAAGACCACAAAUGCUCUACGACGAACAAAGUCGAGGCAGCGUACCAUGACCAUUGGAAAGGAUGAGCCCGAGCCAGGUCUGCCGGGUGUCGCAGGGAGAGCAAUUCGGAUACUGCGAAACACCGGGCGCAGCCAAGGUCAUGCAGAUGCAGAGAAGCUCGACAACGGCAAUGGAAAGGCAGUGGAUUCGUCUGACACGUCUCAGGAGGACCAGCAGGAGUCCAAGGGCCACAUCCCUGAUCACCGUCCACCAAUUCAGACAUCUCGGUCCGUCGAUGAUGUGCGUGUGCCCCCGCAGAUGGACCCAGAACAGCACAUCCGCUUUCUCGAGAAUCAACGAAAUCCCAGCGACACGACUGCUCUGCGAAUCCCCAGCCCUCGCGAGUUCGAACUGGGCGGCAGACCUCAAAACGUUAGUGCCAGCUUUGACGAGAACCCACUGCGCCCAAUCACGAGCGAGCCCGACCUCUCCAAUGUUAACGAGGGACGAGGCGAUGUGGCCGCUGCAGAUGACACUGUUGCUCCUACGCAUAUCACCAUUGACGAACCUCAGUUCUUGCGAGACCGCCAGGACCGAACUGCUACCUUUCCCCGACUCAAUACCAGACAAUCCACACAACCCUCACAUACCUACGAUGCCCCUGAACCGGGAUCCUACCUUCGUCGGAGGGGUUCAAACACCUUCCGAUCGCUGCAUCGCGUCAACACGCCGCGCACACAGGAGCUGGCCCCGUACCUGAGUUGGCAACCGACCAUCGGGAGGAACUCAUUUUUCCUUGGUCUGACCGAGGAACAGCGAGAAGAGCUGGGCGGGAUAGAGUAUCGGGCUCUCAAGGCCUUGGCCCUGAUCCUCGUCCUGUACUUCUUCUGUUUCCACAUUCUCGGUAUCAUCUGUCUGAUCCCGUGGAUCCUGCACACGAGCUAUGGAAAAUACGUGACAGAUCAGUCGCAGGGAAGAGUCUGGUGGGGUCUCUUCACGAGUGCUUCUGCCUUCAACGACCUCGGUUUCACUCUGACCAACAAUUCUAUGCUCUCAUUCCAGCGAGCAGUGUUCCCUCUGCUGUUGAUGACCUUUCUUAUCAUCAUUGGCAACACGGGAUUUCCGUGCAUGUUGAGGCUCAUUAUCUGGGCCACGUCCAAGUGUGUCCGGGAAGGCAGUCCCCUGUGGGAGGAGCUCCGAUUUCUUCUGGACCAUCCUCGUCGCUGCUUCACCCUCCUGUUUCCAAGAGAAGCUACCUGGUGGCUGUUUGCCAUUCUAGUUAUUCUCAACGGACUGGAUCUAAUCUUUUUCAUCAUUCUCGAUCUUAAUGAUACCACCGUCACCUCCUUGCCAGGGGGCAUACGUUUUCUUGACGGUCUCUUUCAGGCCGCCUCGACUCGAACCGCGGGAUUUUCCGUGGUGAACCUCGCCGAACUCCACCCUGCCAUUCAGGUCAGUUAUCUGAUCAUGAUGUACAUAUCCGUCUUUCCGAUUGCCAUUUCCAUGCGAAGAACCAACGUGUACGAAGAGAAGAGUCUGGGCAUCUACGGAACUCUAGCCGAGGAAGAAGAAGACGAGGGCGAGCCAAGCUAUGUUGGCGCGCAUUUACGAAGACAACUUUCCUUCGACUUGUGGUAUAUUUUCUUGGGCAUGUUCAUCAUUGCCAUUGUCGAGGGUGGACGACUGCAGAAUAUCAACGAGUCCGCAUUUACUCUUUUCUCUGUCCUCUUCGAAAUUGUGUCGGCAUACGGCACUGUGGGACUUUCCUUGGGCUACCCGACUAUCAACGCUUCCUUUUCCGCCGAGUUCCACGUCCUAUCAAAGUUGGUGAUAAUCGCCAUGCAGAUCCGUGGAAGACAUCGUGGACUUCCCUACGAGCUUGACCGCGCUAUCCUUCUCCCCUCCGAGAGCCUGCAAGAGAAAGAAGCCAAGGAGGCCGAAAGAGUCAUGUCUCGGGUGCAACGUCGGAGAUCGUCCAUAGGAGGGCAUUCAAUAAUGUCGGCUGUCGACGGGAAUAUAGAAGGCCGCCAAUUCCGGCCUGAAACGGGGCUCUCUUCGGGACUGCGAGAUAUCGAUGAGAACUUGGAGUUUCCACGUCCUCGCGCCAAUACGAAUCGAUCACACCACAGAACAAGCUCAUCGGAACAUCCACUGCACAGUGACCGACACAGCGAACCGCACAGCGCACGCCGCGGCCUGGGUGUUGGAAUGUUCAAGCUGGCGUCUGGCGUGGAGGCCAUCAAGGAGGAAAGGUUCCGAGAGUAGAGCAUGAAGAGCAUCUGAGCCGGAGAGCCUAAUAGCCGGACAGCCGGACAACAAAAAUUGUAUUCAUAUUGACACGACGAUUCCGACAAUAUCGAUGCAUUUGAGCAACGGCGAAGAAUGGAGUACUGAUUGAUAUGAGCCUUACAAGUGCGGGCUAUAUUGCAUUGACAUACAGCGACAUGCUAACAACGUAUGGUUGAAUGCAGAUUUAGCGUGCAUGUCUAUUUCAAAAGUGCCACAGAAGUGAACCACCGUUUAGAGAUUCUUAUAUGCAUGGACUCAAGAAGAGACUGCUAUGUGCGUCGCGUUCAUCCCUUCAUCGACCUUUAGGGGGGUGAAGUCACGACCAACUCGGGACACGCGAAUGGGC